GAGCGGCGGCGAUGAACAGACUGAGAUUGGUCGGAGAGGGAGACAUAUGGGAGCUAGACAUGUCUACUCCGUUAACACUCGAAGCCACAGCACGUGCCAUUUCCAACGACCCUCUCCCACUAGGUCUCACCAGAGGAACUCGUCUCUCUCGCCCUAAGCAAGCUGAGUUCUUCCACCGCUUCAUGGCCACACCUCUCAUCCCUUCCUUCUCCCCUCUCCACGGUGGCCUCUCUCUCCAAAAAGUCCUCACUUUCCCUUUCCCCAACAACUGGUUUGUGUCUCUUCUGGGUCAGUUUGAUGUUCAAAGAUUCGUGUCGGAAGUGAAAAAGAGUGAAGCUUUUGUUCGUGGGUCAGCUUCUCGGUUAAGCACACUUGGGAAGCAUUUAAAGGAUAAGUCUUUAUAUGCGUUAGGUUUCUGCUCUGAGCUGUUGUUAACACCAGAGGAUGCUCUGCUUCUUACCUAUGAUACUUACAAAUGUGAUCCUAAGAAGAAUCCAAGAGCUAAAGCUGUCUUCAGUCACGAGUUUCCGCUUCAUAAUUUGACAGCAGAAGCGGUUUGGCCUGGACUGUAUGUGGAUAAAGAUGGGGAAUAUUGGGAUGUGCCGUUAUCUAUGGCUAUUGAUUUAGCUUCUCUUCCUGCUGAGUCUGGUCUAAGUUACCGUUUAUGUUUGCAUCAUAACAGUGGAGUGCCUAAGAAGUUUAGUUCUGAUGAUGAUGUGGAAGUGGUAGUUCCUCCAGCUUCUCUGCUUCCUGGUUUGUCUCUAAAAUCCGCGGUUUCUUAUAGAGCUAACAUGGAUCUCUGGAGAGGUAGCUCUCCUAAGCUGGAGAAUUGCAAGCCUUAUGACAUCUUUCUCAGUAGUCCUCAUGUCUCAGUAUCUGGAAUCAUCGGUAGUGUGAUGAGUGCAGCGUUUGGUGAAAAUUCAGUAAGAUCAAAACCUGAGAAGGAUUCUGAAGGUGUUGGAGGGUUUUCUCUUCAUUUACCAUCUGUAAACUCCGGAUUCAUGGCUGAUGCAUUAGGACGUGCAUCACUCACAGCUCAGUAUGGAAACUUUCAGAAGCUCUUCUUUGACCUCACCCGUUUCCACGCUAGAUUAGACUUCCCUCAUGGUCUAAAGUUCCUUACCGGUGCCACUAGUGUUGCACAGGAGCUUUUGAAUUCUCGGCAGCCUAGUUUAGAAGCGUUUCAGAAAAUCUGCCCUGAAGUAUCAGUUUCUCUACAGCAACAGCUUGUUGGACCUUUUAGUUUGAGAGCAGAGUCUGGGAUUCAGAUUGAUCUCAAGAACGGAGUUAACCCUGUGACUGUACAUAACACAGUGUUUGCUAUUGAAUAUGCUCUCCAAGUGCUUGGUUCUGCCAAGGCUGUUGCUUGGUACUCACCAAAACAGAAAGAGUUUAUGAUUGAGCUUCGCUUCUGUGAAACAUAAGCCUCAGGAUUUUCCAAACCUCUGAAGAUCGUAACAGAUUUAUUAUACCCGUUUUCAUCAAAUUGUUACAGAAACUAUAUAUAUCUGGUCUUAGUAGCAUCAGUUCUUACUCUAUCCAUAACCAAAAAUAUACUUUUUUUAAUCCAAUUUGAGAAAACGAGUUUAAAUUGUUCUAA